CUCUCGGCGGAGGGAGGGAAAGCAGCAGCAGCAGCAGCAGCAGCAGCAUGGCGUCCAGCGAGGAGGACAACGGCGGAGGCGGCGUGGAGGAGAAGGAGGGCGGCCUGAAGCUGCGCCGGCCCCGGGGCUCCCUGACCACCGCCUGGCUCAUCUGCUACAACAUCACCAUGACCGCCGGGUGGCUGGUAUUGGCUAUUGCCAUGGCACGGUUUUACAUGGAUAAAGGAACAUACAACGGCCUAUAUAAAAGCAUCCAAAAGACACUUAAAUUUUUCCAGACUUUUGCUUUGCUUGAGAUAGUCCACUGUGCAGUUGGAGUAGUGCGCACUUCAGUGCUUGUGACUGGGGUCCAAGUGAGUUCCAGAAUCUUCAUGGUGUGGUUUAUUACACAUAGUAUUAAGCAGAUCCAGAAUGAGGAGAGCGUUAUUCUUUUUCUGGUCGUAUGGACUGUGACAGAGAUUACUCGAUAUUCCUUCUACACAUUCACUAUGCUCAACCACUUGCCAUACUUCAUAAAAUGGGCCAGGUACAACUUGUUCAUUAUCUUAUAUCCAGUAGGAGUUGUUGGGGAGCUUCUAACUAUUUAUGCUGCCUUACCCUACGUGAAGAAGUCAGGCAUGUUUUCAGUGAGACUUCCCAACAAGUAUAAUGUCUCUUUUGACUAUUACUACUUUCUUCUCAUUAUCAUGGCCUCCUAUAUACCAUUGUUUCCACAACUGUAUUUUCACAUGCUCCGUCAAAGAAGAAAAGUACUUCAUGGUGAAGUGAUUGUAGAAAAGGACGAUUAAAACAGCCCUUGUUAUCCAUGGUGCUUUUUCAGAGUAACUAACCAAAUCUGUAACAAGUUGCACAAGUCCAGAUUUGAAAUCAUGGAACAAGAAUAAGCAGCAUAUACAACCAACAUAGGUCAUAUAUUUUGCAAUACCAAUAUUGCAAAUAAUGCAAAUGCUAAUAUUUUGAGACUUGAAUUUUCAUUUGUCAUUUGUGUUUCUCCCAUUUUCUUUUAGAUAAAUUAUUUGGUUCCAAUCACACAGACAUAAGAAAAGUUAUGUUUGGUCAUUGCAAAAACAGUUUAGGAUGCUUUUGGUCACAACUUCUGUGGACACUCAAACUAAAUUGGGAAGCUGUUCUGAAAAUUGUUACCCUUGAUUUUACAUCAUGAUUCUUGCCAGUGGCUAAAAAACAGGUACAUAAGUCACAAAAGACUAACUGACCUAUGUUCAACCUUUCAGUGCUUCAUGAUGCUUUGUUCAAGAAAGCUGUCAAACAUUGAAAUGUCAUUUCAUGGGUAGGAAAGAAUUCAGCUUCAUCGUGGUGAUGGUACUAAAAAAAAUCUGGGUACAUAUAAAACAUCAUGCUUAGCACAGUGGAUCCUGGUCUAUUUAUUUUUUAAAAUAGCAGGCUGAUUAGAUUCUCCUCCCCCCCCCCUUUUUUUUUUUUUAAUAUCUUAUAAUGAGAAUUCAUAAACUGUACCUUCAUCUUUGUGGGUUUUUUUAAAAAAAAUCUAAACUUACAUUAAUUAGGAUAAUUUUACUGAUUGCAUAUAAUUUGAAUGGUUUUAAAAGCAUCUCCUUGAAAAUAACGAACUGUGCUCUUUGCAAAUAGGGGUGGCAGAGGUCUAUUUCAGUCCUAAACACUCUGACAACCUAAGAACCUUUUCUAAAAGCAUUUGCCCAUUUAAAGGAAUUAAUUUAUGGAUACAUGCAGUAUUUUGCUGUCAAAAAUAUAUUCCUUAUUCAUAGAAUAACAUUUUAAAAGUUCAUUUCUUCAAAUAAUUAUGAUAGAAAUAUUCUAUUCCUUUUUAAAACAGCAGGUACAACUUUGAAUAUGAGUAGACGACUACACUCAUCCCUCCACAUUCGCUGGGGUUAGGGGCACAGGACUCCUGUGAAUGUGAAAAAACCACACAAAAAAUGCUAUGUUUUUACCUGAGACACCUCUCUAGGAAUUUCUAGUGCAAUUUUG